AUGUACGGCCUUUUCAACUCAUCUGAGAUCGACGAAGAGUACUACAACGCAACGCAUACAUCCGCACCGUCACCGAUUCUCGCACUGAUAUUCACUGUAAUCUGUGGAAUCGGUGUCAUUGGCAAUGCGUCUCUUCUUGUUUAUAUUAUUGUUCAAAAGCUGUACCACAACUUUAUCUCUUCGCACUUCAUUGCUCAUCUUUGUUUCACCAAUUUGAUUGCGUUGCUGGUGUUGGUGCCGGUGAUUAUACACAAUGUGUUCACCGGUGUCAACUUGUUGCAGGCCAGCAAUUGGUUGUGUCGAGUUCAGGUCUCUCUAACCGUGACGGUUUGGACCGUGAUGGCCAUGAUGAAUCUAUGCAUCGCCGGCGUGCACUUGCUAACAUUCGCUCGGAUUCACUACGAGCAACUCUUCGGUCUGUCGCCCACUAAACUCUGCGUUCUCUCGUGGAUCAUCUCCUGGCUUCUCUCCCUUCCAUCGCUUACCAACGGCCACGUGGCAAUUUAUGGACCAGCUGUGAGGACUUGCGUCUUCUCUCACUCGGAUUCCGGAUUGAAAUUCUUGACCUACACUCUCAUAUUCGGGGUGUUUAUUCCCGCGCUAUUCUCGUCGUUCGCCUAUUUUCGAAUCCUUCAGAUCCUGUUCCACAGCCCAAUCGUUUUUCAGUCGUUGGGUUUGUACAAGAGUCGAUUCCUGGUUUAUUUCUUCUUGUUGGGCCCAUUGUACGCUCUUCCUUUCUACAUUCUCACCGCGUUGGACCCGACGGACCCGCUGCGCAUCUCUCAAAAUACGUUAUGGACCAUCGCAUGCACAAUGAUCGCAUUCGUUCCGUGCAUCGUCGCUCCACUGCUCUACGGAGCCAGUAUUUUCAUAAUUAAGGAGGAGGACAUGGCACUGACUGCUCGGACUCACAAGGCUCCCCCAGGUGCCUAUCACCACGUGGCACAGCAGCACAACAUGCAGGCGCAGCUCAUCUAG